AUGAUCUUGAAUGCCAUUGACAAGAAACAGCUAACUGCGAUUGUGUUACUCGACAUGAGCAAAGGAUUCGAUAGCAUAGAUACCAUGACUCUGCUUACCAAGUUAGAAGAUGUUGGCGCGCCUUGUCAGGCGAUACAAUGGUUCCAAAGCUACCUAACAUCCAGGUAUCGAGUAGUAAGAAUACAAACAACCUUAUCCGAGCCUUUAGAGGUAAAGAGUGGAGUACCUCAGGGAAGUAUACUUGGGCCACUUCUGUUUAGUAUUUAUGUGAACGAUUUGCCAUCAGUUCCACAACAAUGCUCUCCCUAUUCCUAUGUCGAUGACACAAAACUUUUAAUGUCGUUUUCUCUGCAACACCAACAAAGAGCUAUCUCAGAAAUAAAUCAAGAUCUCUUGAGAAUACGUAAUUGGUGUUUUGAUAACAAGUUACUGUUAAACCCAGAAAAAACUAAGGCCAUGAUAUGCGGUAGCAGACAAAUGAGAGCAAAACUUCCUAAUUUUCGCCUCUCACUUCUCGGUAAAGAAAUCAUUCCUGUAACAAGCGCAAAAGAUCUCGGCGUAAUCUUGGACUCUGGUCUGACGUUCGACAGCCAUGUACAAGCCACUAUCUCCUCAUGUAUGUCUCGUUUAGGUCAAAUAAACCGCGUGAAACAUUGCUUUGACAAACACACAUUAACAAUUAUUAUUAACUCUCUAGUUUUUUCAAAAUUAUAUUAGUGCUCUACAGUCUGGAGCAACACUUCUCAAACAAAUUUAAAUAAGGUACAGGUAGUGCAGAACUUUGCAUGUCGAAUAGUUAGUGGAGUUGGCAAAUACGAUCAUGUCACACCAAUCCUGCAAGAACUAAAGUGGCUUCCAGUUCGACAGUAUUUAUAUUUUCGUGAUGCAGUCAAGGCAUUUAAAUGCAUGACAGGAAACGCACCUGCAUACCUAACUGAACAGUUUGUGAGACGAGGUGACAUUUCAUCUCGCGUUACUAGGAACUCGAGCAUGAUUGAAACUCCUUUACACAGUGUGUGUGUGUGUGUGUAUUGAUGUGUGUGUGUGUGUGUGUGUGUUGUGUGUGUGUGUGUGUGUGUGUGUGUGUGUGUGUGUGUGUGUGUGUGUGUGUGUGUUGUGUGACUGUGUGUUGUAAUGUGUGUGUCUCUAUUAUUAUGGUGUAUAAAAAUUUAGAUCAAUUAUGUAAAAUUUCGCUGAAAAGCCUUUUAAGGGAUGUGAAAUUAAAAUACAAUAAAUUGCAAUAAAUGAUAUCUCACGAGUGAGCGCAGCGAACGAGUGAUAUAUCAUGUUCAACACGAGAAAUAAAUCUGGUAUUUAAUCCAAGCACCCAUGUAUUUUUCUGUUUAUUAUAUAAAGGACAGUCUCUGAAAAGCAAUAUUUUUUACACAAAAGCGAUUAAUUGAAAAGCGAUAAUUUUCACAUGUGAGAUUAUCAUGAAUAAUCUCACAUGUGAGAUUAUCACUUUUAUCAGUGCUCGAAAUCUCUUCCAAAAACUCAUUAAUAAUUCAGGAGCAAAACACAAAGAAAAAUCAUAAGCGUGUCGUGGUUUUAUAUGUGAUAAAAAAUCACGUUAAUUUACAUAAACUUUAGCUUUGAUUUUAUCGGUUUAGAUUUUCUUUAGUUUAUUUUAAAAAUUACUUCGCCAAUGAACUCGUAUAAGAUGAGUCGUUUUUGAAGCUAUUUAAAGCACUUGUAGUCGUGUUUUAUCACAUAUAAAACACUCCGCUACGCGUCGUGUUUUAUAUGUGAUAAAACACUCCUACGCGUGCAUGCUUUAAAUAGUACAUAAAGCACUAUACUUUAUGUAAUAAAGUAUGUUAUUAUAGGUUAUAUAAUUUAUACAUAUUAUACAGCAAAAUUAAUAAUUUCAGUGUAAAUUUAUUGAUUUCCCUUUUUCUAUUAUAUUAACAUUUUUAAAUAAAGAGGAAAGCAAAGUUAUUCACAAGCGAGAAUUUGAAAUCAUGUUAUCUCAAACUCAAAGUUUAUCGAUAAAAGGCAGUUUGGAAAAUUGAUAAUGUUGUAAUUAAAAGUAAUAUUUUUAUAAAAUUUUUCAAUUUUAAAAAUUAUAUUCUCGUGUUAGUAUUUACAACUACUUUAAAUACUUCAUGUUUGGAAAAUAUAAUGGUACCGGUUUUGCCAGCAAUGCGAGGGUUUCUGCAUGCAUAUAUUUUCUAGUUAAUGAAAUAAAUGACGCAAUUACUGAGUCGCUGAAAGCUAUUAUUAGUAUUGUUGAUUUCUUCGAUAAAACAGUCAACACCUCGAGUCAGCCAACUUUGUUUUGACUAUUUGACUACGACCGCACAGUGACAAAAAUAGCGUGACAAAAGCGAUAUCAGUGUCAGAAAACCGAUAUCAGGCAGUACCAUAUCGUUUUGAUGUCACCCUGUUAUCACCCUGAUAAAGGCACAAGUUUGUGAUAAUGACUAUUUAAAGCACACGUAGGAGUGUUUUAUCACAUAUUAUAUGUGAUAAAAUACGACUACAAGUGCUUUAAAUUGCUUCAAAAACGACUCAUCUUAUACGAGUUCAUUGGCGAAGUAAUUUUUAAAAUAAACUUUGUCUAAACCGAGAAAAUCAAAGCUAAAGUUUAUGUAAAUUAACGUGAUUUUUAUCACAUAUAAAACCACGACACGCUUAUGAUUUUUCUUUGUGUUUUCCUCCUGAAUUAUUGAGUUUUUGAAGUACUAUUUAUAACAUAGGUGACAUAAAUCAGUUUAUAAUAUCGAUUGCUCCUUGGGCAUGUCCAUCGAGCGAUAAAAAUGUAAACAUGAGUUCCACCUUUUUAAUUUACUGUAUGAAUAAAUUGUUUUCAAUAGAAUAAAUUCGCAACAAGUCGGCGAAAUUAUCAAUACAACAUGUUCGCAACUGCACAUGAAACCAUCAGCAUGAGCUCCACCUUUGAAUUGACUAUACUGAUGAGUGAAUUGUUAAACACGUCCGAAUUUAUAAAUAUGAUAAAUUCGCGGACCUAACCCCUAACACUAACUCCUAACCCAACACUAACGCCAACCCCUUAUGCUAACCCCUAACACAAAUCUAACUUUUUUAAACUUUUUUUGAAAAUCAACCUUUUUUCACUUUGUUUUACUUUUGUUAACUUUUUUUAACUUUGUUAAACUUUUUUUGAAGAUUGCUCAAUGAAAUACAUGCACUUUUUCAUACAACCCCCACCAACUCAAUUGUUGGUUUGAUCUCUCUAUUCUUUUGCAGCGAAAUUUUACGAGAAAGAAGUGAACACAAACUGUAGUUGUUUGGAUGCCUGUAACAGGAUUAUUUAUGAAACAGAUUUGUCUUACGCGUUAUUCAAUGACAUUGCUAAUACAACUUCCCUUCAUAAUCAAUUCACUAGGGCGCAUAAUGCGUCAACAUCUGAACGUCAAUCAUCAUCUGUGGAUGUUAAAUGGAGAGAUUAUUUACGGUAAGUUAUAUAAUUAUACCGACCAAGUACAUAUAACGCCUAAUCUUUUUUGAAAAUCGUUAUUACAUGCAUUUACCGUAUAGCUAUAAUUGAUUCAUUACCACCAGCUAAAUCCGGUUCACACUGGCGAUUUUCUCUUUCUGACAGACGUGAGUGAGUGCUCUCGAAACGAAACGUUUUUCACAUUUAUAAGUUAUUGCACUCAUUUAGUUAUAUUCGUCAGGAGGAGAAAACAUGCCGAAAAAUUGCUAGUGUGAGCAGGACUUAAACCGUUAAAUGUACGACCAUAAAUGGGCUGAGAAUACAAUAACGUCAAAUGAAUGCCUUUGUUUGAAUGCCAAUAAUAUUGAUGGUAAUUUUGACAUUGUGAUACAAUGCACAUUAGAAACGUGGCGAUCGAAAUUAGCAAUGGUAUCCCUGAUCUUCUUAAAUGUUUCCCUAAUAUAGCAUGCAUCGAUUAGCUUCCGGUGCAAAAAUAGUAAACCAUCACUUACUAAUAUUUUUGUUUUCAAUUUUUCGUAAUUUUUAUGUUAGAAUACUUGUGUUAAUUUCAGCGAAAACAUUCUUCAACUUUCCAUAUAUUUCAACGAGCUAAGUUAUAUUCGCACAGAAAGUGUUCCAGCAUAUUCUUGGGAAAGUUUCAUGGGUAAGUAAAUGCAAUUAUGCAUGUAAACGCUCCUGCGCACGCGAUGUGGUAAAUGCCAAAUGAAUUUAAACUAAACACGUAAAGUUUCGAAGUAGUGUGUACUAAGUAAAUAUAAGUUCGACGUAGUUUGUUUCUUCACUUCCUGCAGAAUUAUUAAACGAGCUGGAGUAUUUAAGUGCAGAGAGAGUAACAACUAUAAUCAGUUCAAGUUAACGCCAAUACUGUUUAACGAACACCCUGCUGUUAACGGAAUAUGGCGCUUAUUAAUGUAAUUGUAAGCAAAUAAGAUCUUUCGACAUUCCGUUCCAUUUCUAUGCUGAUUUAUAAUUAUAUUACCUAUACCUAUACCUAUACACAUACCUAUAUACAUACUUUCAAGUAUUCUUGAGGAUGAAAUUCAACACAGGAAAGUGCAAGGUGUUGACGGUUACAAGCAAACGAAAGCCGAUUGAAUUCCCAUACCGUAUGUAUGGAAAUGAGUUAUCAUCAUGCAAAGCCGAAAAAAAUCUUGGCCUUCUUGUAUCUAGCGAUCUGAAAUGGGGCCCUCAUAUAUUAGAGAUGGUUGCAAAGGCAAACAAAAUGCGUGGUCUUCUUAAAAGAACAUGCUUUGAAAUUACGAACACCCAAGUUAGGCGGACCUUGUAUUUGCGUUGGUUAAAACUCAGCUCACGUACGGAUGUGAAGUCUGGUGUCCCAGUAGCAGGCAGCUCUCAAUAAAAAUCGAAGGUGUCCAGAGGAGAGCAACAAUGUGGAUCCUAACGAAAAAACGUGGAGAACUUUCUUAUGUGGAACGGUUAAAAAAACUCAAUCUAGUCCCGCUUGUGUACGAUAGAGAACAGAAAGAUCUGAUCUUUUAUUAUAAAUGCAAGAACAAUUUGAUAGAUCUUGAUGUGGAACAUUAUGUUGAAACUACGACAAGCAGAACACGCGCAGGAACUUCUCAGCUUUUAAGAUCACAAGCUUGUAGGACUAGCACAUUCCAGGGUUCCUACUUUGUUAGGAUUGUAAAUCUGUGGAACUAUGCAUGUAAAACUGCUCCAUCGAACAGCUUCGACACUCUCUCUUCCUUCAAAACAUACCUCCACAAGACUUACCUCCAACUUACUGCCACUGCUUACACUCCUGACUUACCUAGCUCACACUCAUUGAUCACGACUGAAUAAUAUCUUCUAUAUCAGUCGUUCUCUUCUCCUCUCUCUUAAUUUCUUUACUUCUUCUCAUGUACCUUUUUCAUUCUAUAUUAAUGUGUUGUUUUGUCUGUAUUGUCCUGAUUAAUUAAUGGUGAGCACCAUGCAUGGGACCUAGUCUCGUUUGUGCUUCUCCAUCUUUGGCGCGUUUUUACAUAUUGUUGUUCUUGUGUUUGUUUGUGCUAGUUAUGUACAAUAAUGUGUACCUGUUUGCAUGCGUGCCAAACAAAACUGUUAAAUUUAAAAAAAAAAUACAGUGUAUUGGUUCAACUUAUUUGAACUACCCUUGUUGUUUUCAUCUGAAUAUCAAAUAACACCCUUUCCUUGAAGAAGCUAUUUGCUCAUGCAGCUGAAUUAGAACCUGUUCAUAUGAUCAAAGUUCAUGUUACAUUGCCAAGUUAGCAAACAUUUUCAUCAAUGGUAGGUUGGCUUGGAUAGAAGUAAAUAGAACGCUUAUGUAGACCUUCCUCAAAAAUCGCAAUCGGGGCCCGAUCUAUAUAGUCUUGAUACUCGUCAGAGAUUGUAAAGUGCAGAACAAGUGGGAUCAAAUUAAAUGCUCCGUCUCCCACAACCGGUAUCCAGUCUUAAUAGUUAAUUCUGUGUUUGUGUCGAAAUAGUUCUAUAUAUAGAUAAGUGAUGACCGUGUUCAUUAUUCGUCAUGUUGUACAGUAUAAGCUAGGUACAAGACUAUUUAUGUAUUAUAGAAGCAAGACAAUAGGUAAUAAUGCUUGAACUUUUCUUCAUGCAUUAUAAAUAAGGGGUAUAUCCGGUUUUCUCUGCCAAGGAGGAACUGGAUAAUAUUUCAAAUUUGAAUGAAUUACAGUUUCCCGUUUGUAUCAGUCCUUUAGUGAAUAUAGUUAUAUAUAUUAAUAUUAUUAUUUGCCGAUGCUUUCUAUAUCCUCUUCUUUCUAUUAGCUACUAAUUUCACAAUCCCCAAUUGGAAAACUGUUUCCGACCUUUUUGUCCAUCUUCAAACGGCUUAUUGAUUAGUUUAAUCGAAAUGUUCAAUCCAGUUGCUUUAAAUUAUAUUUUUAUUUUUUAUAUUUUUAUAUUAGUAUAUCUUUUUAUUCUUUUCAGCGGAAGCUGGUGGAACAUUGGGUCUUUUUCUUGGUGCCAGCUUCCUGACCAUAGCAGAAUUACUGGAUUUUCUCUGCCACAUCGUUGCUUUCCUGUUCAGGAAACGACAGCAAAAUAUCAAAGAUUAA